AUGAAACUUCAACAAUUUGUAGUGAAUCAACAAAAACAACAAAAUUUGUCAUCUUCUGGAUCUAGUUAUUCUAUGGUUGGAGCUGGAGUUUGGGUUGGAUCAAAAUCAUCAUCUAUACCUUCCAAAUCGGAUUUUCUGUUCCCCUCCUCCACCUACAUCCUUUAUCGUCGUCAUCAU